AUGCAUGAGAGUUUCACUAAGAUCAUUGAUGCUGCCACCCCUGGCUCCACAUGCCUGGGGGAGGUUACCUGCCGCCAGGUCUCUCCCACUCCCAGCUUCCCGGUGACAUGUCCCUCUCAUCUCCAGGUCACAGUGAAGGUCAAGGAGGGGACUUCAGACAGGAUGCAGCCCCCCGGGGUGCUGGAGGAGCCUGGUGAUUCCUGGCCAGACCAGCCAUGGGCCCAACCUGCAAAUGUGUCUCUGGAAGAAGGAGCACAGAGGAACAGCCCAGGACCUCCAGAGAAGCCUGCAUCAGACCCAGAGUUGGGUGAGGAGCCAGGUGCAGGGGCCCUGGGCAGAGCUCAGCAGCAGCCUCCUGAAGAAGGGUCUGCAAACCUGGAGCUGCCGAGGACUUCCCCAGGGAUACCGGGGGAGAGGGGCGCCCUGAGCCCUGAGCGGGGCCAGCUGCAGAAGGAGCAGGGCAGGCUGGCAAGGCAGGGGGAGAGCACGGAGCUCCGGGAGGCCUUUGAAGACGUGGCUGUGUACUUCACACAGGAGGAGUGGGAGCUGCUGGAGGAUGCACAGAAGGGGCUGUACCGGGACCAGAUGCUGAGGAACUGCCGAGCCCUUGUUUCCCUGGGAUAUCGAGGUCCCGUACCUGACCUAAUCCACCGCAUGCAGUGUGGACAGGAGGAGCUCUGGGUCAGUGAUGAUGAGGACUGUGGGGACAUCUCAAGGUCAGAGGGCCUGUUGUCAGGAGGUGCCUGGCUGCUGAGCAGAGAAGAGGAGCAGAGUCCUGAGGAAGGGGCUGCAAACCUGGAGCAAGCCUGGACUUUGCCAGGGUGUUUUGCUGAGAUGGAGUCCUUCAGACAUGAGGAAGACCAAUGGCUUAAGAGUCGGGGGAGGCCCCAACAGCAGAGGGAGAAUGUAGCAGUGAAGGAGGCACCAUCUCGCCUUGGGCAUGAGAAUGGAGAAGGGACAGAAGCCAGAGACAGCCCUGGGUGCAGGGAAAGAUUUGUGGAGCUGAAGAACCACGAGGCAAAGUUGCGCUGGAGAGAGACCCUGCAUCUGAGCCGAGCCAGUGGGGAGGUAUUUCGUGGGAAGCAGGAGCUCCCCGCCAAACCCAGAGGCAAAGCCCACCCCUAUCCUGAGUACCAGAAAAGCUUUAACUGUCCCUCUCUCCUGGCUCUGCACAAGAGAAGCCAUGCUGGGGAGAAGCCCCACCUGUGCACCAAGUGCGGGAAGAGCUUCACCUGCCUCUCGACCCUGGCUGCUCACCGCAAAAUCCAUUGUGGAGAGCUCCACCACCAUUUCACCAGAUGGGGGAAGACCUUUUCAUGUCCCUCAGACCUAGGCAAGCACCAACAUGUGCACAGGGGAAAUCAUCAGUACCACUGUGUCACAUGUGGGAAGACCUUCACCCGUUUUUUCUCCCUGGCUCAGCACCGGCGCAUCCACACAGGGGAGAAGCCAUACCAAUGCUCUGAGUGUGGGAAGAGGUUCAGCGUGUCCUCCAGCCUGACCAAACAUCAGCGCAUCCACACAGGGGAGAAGCCACAUCAGUGCUCUCAGUGUGGGAAGAGCUUCACCCAGUUCUCCAGCCUGGCCUAUCACCAGCGUAUCCACACAGGGGAGAAGUCACAUCAGUGCUCUCAGUGUGGGAAGACCUUCCGUGGAUCCUCCAGCCUGACCAGACACCAGCGUGUCCACAUAAAGGAGAAGCCACAUCAUUGCUCUGUGUGUGGAAAGAGCUUUAACAACUCAUUUAGCCUGGCUAAUCAUCAGCGCAUCCACACAGGGGAGAGGCCACAUCAGUGCUUUGUGUGUGGGAAGAGCUACACCCAAUCCUCCCACUUGGCCCAGCAUGAGCGCCUCCACACAGCAGAGAAGGUACAUCAGUGCUCUGAGUGUGAGAAGAGCUUCAUUGACUCCUUCAGCCUGGCCCGGCACCAGCGCAUCCACACAGGGGACAAGCCACAUCAGUGCUCUGAGUGUGGGAAGAGCUUCCGUGAAUCCUUCAGCCUGACCAAACACCUGCGCAUCCACACAGGGGAGAAGCCGCACCAGUGCUCUGUGUGUGGGAAGAGCUUCCGUGAAUCCUUCAGCCUGACCAAACACCUGCGCAUCCACACAGGGGAGAAACCACACCAGUGCUCUGAGUGUGGGAAGAGCUUCACCCACUCCUCCAGCCUGGCCUAUCACCAGCGUAUCCACACAGGGGAAAAGUCACAUCAGUGCUCUCAGUGUGGGAAGAGCUUCCGUGGAUCCUCCAGCCUGACCAGACACCAGCGCGUCCACACAGGGGAGAAGCCAUAUCAUUGCUCUGUGUGUGGGAAGAGCUUCACCCACUCCUUUAGCCUGGCUAAUCAUCAGCGCAUCCACACAGGGGAGAGACCACAUCAGUGCUCUGAGUGUGGGAAAAGCUUCACCCAAUCCUUCAGCCUUGCUAAUCAUCAGCGCAUCCACACGGGGGAGAGGCCGCAUCAGUGCUCUGAGUGUGGGAAGAGCUUUACUCAGUCCUCCAGCCUGACCAAUCACCAGCGCAUCCACACGGGGGAGAGGCCGCAUCAGUGCUCUGAGUGUGGGAAGAGCUUCACCCAAGCUUCUAGCCUGGCUACACAUCAGCGUAUCCACACAGGCGAGAAGCCACAUCAGUGCUCUGUGUGUGGGAUGAGCUAUGCCCAGUCUUCCAACCUGGCCCGGCACCAGCGCAAACACACAUGGGAGAAACCAUAUCAGUGCUGUGAGUGUGGGAAAAGAUUCUGUGAAUCCUCCAGCCUGGAUAGACACCAGCGCCUCCACACAGAGGAGAAGCCACAUUGCUGCUGUGUAUGUGGGAAGAUUUUUACAAGAUCCAGCCACCUGGUCAUACACCGGCAUAUCCACAAUGGGAAGAAGCCAUAUAAGUGCUCCAAAUGUGGUAAGAUAUUUACCCAGUCCUCCAGCCUGGCCCAGCACCAGUGCAUCCACGCAGGGAAGAAACAAUAUCAGUGCUCUGAGUGUGGGAAGAGUUUCACUAGGUCCUACCAUCUGGCCCGGCACCAGCCUAUCCAUACUGGGGAGAAGUCACAUCAUUGCUCUGUUUGCAGGAAGAGCUUCACUGACUCCUCUGGCCUGGCCAUCCACCAGCGUGUCCACACAGGGGAGAAGCCACAUCAGUGCUCGGAGUGUGGGAAGAGCUUCACCCAGUCCUCCAACCUGGCCCGGCACCAACGCAUCCACACGCAGGAGAAGCCACAUCAGUGCUUGGAGUGUGGGAAGAACUUCACUCAGUCCACCCACCUGGCCCGGCACCAGCUCAUCCAUACAGGGGAGAAGCCACAUCGGUGCUCGGAGUGUGGGAAGAGAUUUGCCCAUUCUUACCAUCUGGCCAUACACCAGCGCAUCCACACAGGGGAGAAGCCACAUCAGUGCUCUGAGUGUGGGAAGAGAUUCACCCAUUCCUCCAGCCUGGCCAUCCAUCAGCGCAUGCACAUGGGAGAGAAGCCACAUCAGUGUGAGUGUGGGAAGAGAUUCAGCGAAUCCUCCAGCCUGACCAAACACCAGCAGCUCCACACGGGAAGAGCUACAUCAGUUCUCUGUGUGUGGGAAGAGAUUCAGCAAGUCCUCCACCAUGGGCAAAUACCAGCGCAUCCACACCCGGGAGCAUCCAUAAUUUUGCCAGCAGUGCCAGGAAGGCUUGGGGAUGCCUACCUUCUCAUUUCCCGCUGGUGGCUGAAUUCAGGCAAGCAGGCUCCUGCUGGAGUACAGAAAGAUUUCACGCAGCCUUCAGGCCUUGUGGGGCACCCCAGAACUAGAAGGAUCCAGAGGCUGGUUGUCAAGGUUUGAUUGUGGGGAGGGGCCAGAGCAAACACUUUGGGCAGAGGCCAGCCCAGAUGCUGCGGCAACCUGUAAAGAGACUUUUUGUAAUAAUUUGUAGCUGAUGCCAAAUUAACCAAAACUAAUUCCAAAUCCAAGAGUCCAGAACCAUAAGUGCCCCUACUACCAGCAAGCAUCCUCCACCCACACCUGGGGCUUCAGAUGUUUCCAAAUCCUUUGGGGGGUAUCCUAUUUGCAGACUGAAGCCUGGAGGCUUGGGGUUCAGAUGCCCUCGAGUUUUGCUUGCCCUUACCCAUAAGGCCGUUGGAGCAAGCAAGGGAAGAGACUCCCAUUGUCAUAAAGUGGGCUUAAAGUCACUAAACCUCAGCGGGUGCUGAACCACGGCAGAAGAGCAGUUCUCUCACGAUACAGUUCAGAACUGCCAUCAUGAACACUGAUACAAGGUAUUUCCCCUGCCAGGUUAAAGAACCACUCCACUUGUCCUGAGCCUUCAAGGGGCCAAGAAGCAAUCUUUAUAUCAGCCUUGGAGCCUGUGCCUUCCCCAUCAGUCUGUGAAAAGAGCCAGUGCUCCCGGGGAAGAAGCAGCGCCUUCCCAGUGGGGUGCCCUCCCCCAGACACCUGGCUCCAAAUUUGCCCAGGGCCUGUCUUUGGCCUCCCCUGCCCAUCAGGGUCUGCAAGCAGCUGCUGCUUCCACCCUGAGCCCAGCCUGGCAGGUUUUGCUACUCAUCCUCUCCAGAACUGUGCACUCGAGGCCUCACUGCCAUGUACUGCUGUGCAGAAAGGCCCCUGCCCUUUGGAAGGAGCCUGUAGUCACGGUCCAGUAGAGUACCUUUUCUGGGGGAAAUGUGGGCAGCAGGGAGGAGGGGCAGUCUACGGCAGGUCCUGCCUCUCCUGGGGAAGAGUGCAGAGAGUAUGAGGACAUCCUCUGGGUCAAAUGCAGGAUGUUGUCAUGGCUGGGGAAUGUUCCCUAAUUGCUAGUAUCCAAAUACACUGUGUCUCAUGUGGA